UCAUCAUUAAAUGAGACGACUCUUCUUCCCUGUGCAUUUUCUCUCCUGUAUCAUACUCUCCCAACUUUACCAAUUCUUUGACGACUUCAAAACCUGAGCAAAUCUUUUAAUUUAUCUCCAAAACCAUAAGCGAGUUUUCACAAAUAAACUACUUAGUAAGCUGACAUUUCAUAUCUCAUUCAAUUAGGAUACACUCUCUCAACAAUCUUCAUUAAUGAGGGUUGCUGCUUGCUUCUGAAGGCUAGCAGUAACAGUUGUAUUUCCUCCACUUCUUUUUCUUCUUGAUGCCAUCUCUUUCUCUCUAUAUAUAUUUUCUCAUCAAAAACCUUAAUCAUCCCUCAAACACCAUUAAGUUUCCUUAAAAACUUUCACAUUUUUGGUUACAUCGAUCAUUCAAUUUCAAAUAUAGUCCUCCCAUUGAUAUGGAUGUAUCCAACGCGAUGCUGCUAGUAGCUGUUGCUACAGCUUACUGGCUAUGGUUCAAGAGGAUCUCACGGUGGCUAAACGGUCCACGUGUCUGGCCAGUGUUGGGCAGUCUUCCGGGUCUGAUCGAGCAGCGCGACCGUAUGCACGACUGGAUCACUGAGAACCUCCGUGCGUGUGGCGGCACAUACCAGACAUGUAUCUGCGCCGUGCCUUUCUUGGCGAAGAAGCAAGGUCUCGUGACCGUCACGUGCGAUCCGAAGAACAUCGAACACAUGCUCAAGACCCGGUUCGACAACUACCCUAAAGGUCCUACAUGGCAAGCCGUGUUCCAUGACUUCCUCGGCCAAGGCAUCUUCAACUCCGACGGUGACACUUGGCUCUUCCAGCGUAAAACCGCCGCUCUUGAAUUCACCACCAGGACGUUGAGGCAAGCGAUGGGUCGGNAUGAGGGUUGCUGCUUGCUUCUGAAGGCUAGCAGUAACAGUUGUAUUUCCUCCACUUCUUUUUCUUCUUGA